AUGUGGCGUGAUGAGAAUCUGAUAGCAACGCUACUUCGGAAACGUGUGAAGAACAAAAAAUCAAUUGUCAUUGAUUAUUCUUCCCCAAAUAUUGCCAAACAAUUUCAUGUUGGCAAUUUCAGAUCCACUGUUAUUGGACGCUACAUCGAUACAAUAAAUAGGGCUGCUGGCAAUAAAGUUACAUCUAUCAACUACAUUGGUGAUUGGGGGUUACAGUUUGCAUUGAUUGCCGCUCACUGGCCUAUGAUAAAACCCUCCGAUGAGGAAUGGUCUACAUGGAAUACGAUGCAAAAGUUUACUCUUUUAACUAAAUGUUAUAUUAGAGCGAACAAAUUAGCUGAACAUUCUAACAGUUUCCUACAAGGAGCUCAUAAUAUUCUUGCUAAUAUGGAGAGUUCUCUGUUAACUGCCACCACCAAUGAGCAUUUGUUAUUCUGGCAGAAUGUGCGACAAUUAUCACACGAACAGUUACAUAGUUUUUAUAGACGUAUCAAUUUAUCAAUGGAUGUGGAACAUUUCGAAUCCGACUUUGUUAUUUCUGCUCAUCAAUUAAUUGGUCGUAUGUUGCGAGAAGGACAAGCGGAAAAUGCCGGUGAUGGUGCUGUUUCGGUCAGGGAUUUAGCAUCGGUUUUGUCACGGGAACAAUUGUACGCAGCGGAUGAGUAUUUGUAUGUGGUUGAUCAUGCACAGCGACAACAUUUCACCAAUUUAAAGCACCUUUUGAAUGCCAUCGGACGAAAGGACAUCAGUGAUAAAAUACAGCAUGUCUCAUUUGGACGCGUAAAAGGUCUUUCUACUAGGCUGGGAGAAGUUGCAUUGGUAAGCAAAAUACUGGAUCAUGGUUUGGAGCUUGCAGAAUCUUUCGUCACCAAAUCUAAAACGAUGAAAAUUGGCCAGAAUGAAAUCCCUCAAGUCGUAGCUAAUUUAUCACUUGGAACAAUGAUAGUCGAUGAUCUCAAGAGAGCACGGUCCACUGAUUACUCAUUCUCAUUCGAUAAGGCAUUUCAAUUAAAUCAGAAUAAUGCUCUUCUUCUACAGACAAAACAUAGUCGACUAAUGUCGAUCGAGGAACGGAAUCAUGCCUUGAAACAGAGUUUAAUGCAGGGAUUUGAGGGGGAUUUUGAAACGAAUGAAGCGAGUUGGCGUCUUUUAAAGCAGUUCAAAGCAUUUCCUGAUGUCUUGUAUGCUAGCUAUCAAGAAAUGGAACCCUGCAGAUUAACCGUGUAUUUACUACAGCUGGCAAACAUCGUGGGCUCUGCUUCCUCCAUCCUUCGAAUAUCAAAGGAACCAUUAAAUGUAGCAAUACCAAGACUUUUAUUGUUAUCAACUGCGCGGAAAAUCUUGAACAGUGGAAUGUGUCUACUUGGUAUAGAGCCAUUGAAGAAAAUGUGA